AUGAAAGAUACAACACCUCGCAAAAAAAUCAUCGUCGCCUUGACAGGCGCAACAGGUGCGCAGAUCGGUAUUCACAUUCUCCAGACCCUCCGACGGCUCAACGUCGAAACGCACCUCAUCAUCAGCAAGUGGGCCGCCGAGACGAUAAACGGCUCGUAUCGCGUGGAUGGCAUGAUUGUCGUUCCAUGUUCCGUCAAGACCCUCGCUGCGAUCAAUGCGGGAAUCUGCGAUGACUUGGUCACGAGGGCAGCAGAUGUUUGUUUGAAAGAGCGGAAGAGGCUGGUCUUAUCUGUGAGGGAGACACCGUUCAGUGAGAUUCAUUUGAGGAAUAUGAUGGAGGUUACGAGAGCAGGAGCGAUUGUUGCGCCACCUGUUGUAGGAUUUUACACGCGGCCGUCGUCAAUUGAUGAUGUUCUCGACCAGUUGAUUGGAAGGUUGUUAGAUCUUUUCGAUCUAGAUGCGAGAAACUUUGAGAGAUGGGACGGAAUGCGAAAGAGUACCACAAAUAGCAAGUAG